AUGCAGAGGAAACUUGACAAAUCGAGAUCAGUUGAUUCUAUAGCUACACUUAGUGAUGAAUACAGUUUUAAAGAAAAUAGACAUUCAAUUAACAGUGCUUCGAGUGAAAAAAGAUUUUCGACCAACAGUGAUUUCGGAGAAAUAAAAGAACUACAGAAAGGAGAACUAAAUAUCGAAAUGGAAAAAUGUUUUGAGAAGCACGAUAUCGUUAUUGAACAUAUUAAAGAAAGCGUGGCCAUCGAAGAGGUCAUUGAGGAUGAAGCAAGUAUUUUUGAUGCUCAAUUUGAAAGUGAUAAUGAUUAUCUUUCUCCGCUACCUUUUUUUGAUUCGGAUUUUAAAGUUAGUACUGAUUCCCUAAAUGAACUACACAUAGAUAAAACAGACGGAGAGUUUCCUGUACCACCGUCACCACCUCCAAAAAUGUCAUUGCGAGAUAGAAUUGGAUCUCGAUUAGCUGCCGCUAAAAAUUCGAAGGAGUCCCGAAGGAACGAAAAAGUUUUAAAAAACGAAAAAGUUGAAAAGCUGGUAUUGACUAAUUCCCCGAAAAGUUCAAUUAAAAGAAAACAAAAGACAGCGUCUGUAACCAUAGCAUUGAUCGACGCAAGAGAAAUUGAAAAUGAACCAGCUAACGAAGAAAAAUCGCGCAUUGUUUGUUGUCGUUUCAGAUUAGGAACGGAAAAGCGAAAAUCAAAAACAACAAGGACUAAUGCCUCCACAGCCACUUUCCAAGAACUAUUCAAUAUGAACGUGUACGACGAAUAUCUCCUGCAUAUUGCAUUGUGGGAGAAAAAUACGUUGCUUGGCAAAACUCUUAUAGACUUAUUAGAAAUAAAGAAAGAGAAGACACACAAAAUGCGAAUAAACUUGGAGGAUGGAACGUCGAAUUUCCAGAUAUUUUUCUUACUUACAAUAACUGGCACCUCUUUAGUAAACACUUUUGGAGAUUUCAACGAAUAUCAGGAACUACAACGACAAAUUCAGGCCGCUGAGCGUUCAUAUAUGUGGAGACGUGUUUGGGGUGACUUUCACGAUGUAGGACAGCUGACAAUCGUCGUAUACGGAGCUAAAGGACUAUCGACCAAUGAAAGUUACUGCGUCGUCGAAGUAACAAACGAAAGCUUACAUACACACAGCGUGUCUAAAACAAAUGCUCCUACAUGGAACAAAAUGUUCAUUUUCAACGUUACAGAUGUCACUUCGAUUUUAGAAGUGACUGUGAUGGAUGAAAAGAAAUCUGAAGUCGCAGGGAAAAUAGCGAUCUUUCUAUUAAAAAUACGCAAUGGUGAAAAAAAGUGGUACGCAUUGAAAGACAGUACGUUAAGGGAAAGAGCGAAAGGGAACAAUCCUAAAAUAUUGUUAGAGAUGAAUCUUUGUUGGAACUUGAUCAAGGCUUCGACUCGUGUAAUAAAUCCCAAAGAGGCGAAGUUUAUGACGACGGAAGCAAAAUUUCACAGACAAUUGUUUUCCAGGAACUUAGCCAGAGCAAGAGCUAUAUUAAAUUGGGUAUUUGAAACAACAAAAAUACUACGGACUUCCUUCGAAUGGGAGUCAAGAAAAUGGAAUACGAUAGCUUUAACAGCAUGGCUUUUAUUCUGUUGGUUCUUCAAAAUAUGGAUGUUGCCUUUGCUAUUUCUGAUCCCUUUCUUAUGGUACAGCCCACCAGAGUACUUUUUCGUAUAUUGGAAACAAUACAUAUUCAAUACAGAGACAGAUGAAAAAGACGACGAAGACAAGGAAGAUGAAAAGAAGUCACUUCGACAGAAAUUCAACACAUUGCACGAUAUGGUACUAACUGUACAAAAUGCCAUUGGAAAGUUUGCUUCUCUGGGUGAAAGGAUCAAAAACUUAUUCAAUUUCACGGUUCCAUUUCUAAGUUUCCUGGCGAUCUUCUUCAUAGUCGUUGCGACUAUUUUGUUGUAUCUCAUUCCUGUCAACUACAUUUUCAUGACGUGGGCAAUUCAUAAAUACAUAAGGAAAAUUCGAAAGCCUAACCGAAUCCCGAAUAACGAAAUAUUAGAUUUACUCUCGAGGGUGCCAGAUGACGAGACUUUGAUUGACUGUCAAGAAAUAGAACAUCAGCACGAUAUUUCCGAAAUGGAAAGUGACAAAUUUCUUAACGAUUAAAAUUUUACCCAUGUGAAAAGUGUGUAGUAAUGAUCUGAAAACUACAUUUUAAAGAUG